GGGUCGUAGUAUACAUGUGUCAGUGCUAGCGAAGCAAGAUUGUCUGCUGGCGAUGCAAGAGCGCCCAUGUCUAUGCAGGAGAUAUGAGCAGAGGAGCUUGUACAAGUUGCUACUAGAUGGCGACUUUCUUCAUCAACGAAGCUCAAGCAAUACUUAGCAAUACUUGGACCACUUGGUCGUCUUGAGAAGCAACGAACGGGUCGCGCGACCAAAGAGAAACUUCAGCUCCCAGGACGAACCCUCGUAUCCAAACAGGCAUGCAGCUCUCUACAGUCAGCGCCUGCAAGGUCAUCGCUACACUCGGCCUGGGCACCAUUGCUGCGUUCCACACACAACUCGCGGCAACCACAUUAUCAGCACUACACAACCAAACUCGACGUGAACAGAUUGCGCGGGAUGCGCUCAACCCCCUCCACCGCAUUCAUCUCCUUGCAGGUGCUAGCGUUUCUCUAUCGACACUUGUCUGGAUCGCUUAUGCAGCGUCAUCGCAAAAAGGACGGCACCCGUAUUUGAACUACGUCGCUGGCUCAAGUCUUAUCGCUGCAGCAACAAGUUUUCUGGGAACUGGCAAGAUUCUACGCGUUUUGGCUGGGCAGACAUUGGCGCUUGAUGCAUUGUUGGAUCAAGUCAAGACGAAAGUACUGCAUGGUCUCGGACGGAGAACAACGGAGAUUGAUUUGGAAAAGGGACAAGCGACUCCUGUUGGGGAACUGAAUGGCGAAGUGGUUGAUGCUGCGCUGACACGAGCUGAACGGCUUGCUUGGACAACUGCAGGCUUGAGUAUCGUCUCCUUCCUCAUGAGUCUUGCGGGUAAUCUGGGUGAUCGCUACUAGCUGCGGCAGUACGCUCCCAAAGAAGUCCUGCUUGCCUGGUAGG